AUGGCUCCAAAGCUGACGGUACUUUUUGUGCUCCUCGGCCUUGUGGAGGCGCGACAUUGCUUGUACGACAACAAGGGAUCCCUCUCGGCCUGUGGGCGCGGCUGCGCGAUGCGGCCCGAUAGCAACAUUUGCGUCUCUGGCUGCCUCUCCACCAGGGGCGUGAGCCGUGGCUGUGCCACUUGCUUGGGCAACGGCUUCCAAUGCGCGGUCCGCGUGUGCCGCCGGCAGUGCUCUCAAGGCUUCACGACGCCGACCUGCACUGGUUGCGUUCGUGCAAGCUGCUCGCGCUCGUUGUGCAAGAAUGCUGGGAAGUCGGCACUCGAGGAAGAGCAAUACAACGAGGAGGAGGCCAGCACGAUCUUGGCGGCGGCGGCCUUCCCGGAGCCCAAGGCUGUGGCUGAGGAGCCCAAGCCCAACCAGACGGAAACGGUCGCGAGCGAGACCUCCGAGCGUUCCGGGCGCUGCUGGGAGGACCAAGUCUCUCUCAAGGCCUGCGGGACUCAGUGCUACAGGAACCCCAACCGUGGACAGUGCGCUCGCACGUGCCUGAGGGGUCGUGGCAUGAGCAGCAAUUGCGCCAACUGCUUUGGUGACAAGGUGGAUUGCACCAUCCGCAAGUGCUUGUCCCAGUGUGCCUCCGACUCCCAGUCCUAUGCUUGCACGUCAUGCGUCCGCGGGAAGUGCGGUCGCUGCGCCAUGGAGAAGUCCUUGGAGAAGUCUUUGGACUCAGAUCCUUCGGAGGGGUCUUGGUUUGACCACAUGAUGGAGCAAAUUCACAACUUGCAGAAGGAGAAGAAGGAGAAUCACACUGCAACACCAGAGGCCGAGGCAGUUCAAGAGGCCAACGCCAUCUUCCCCUAG